GGCGCGGUGGCGGUGGCGGUGCCUGCUCGCGUGCGUGCCCGAUCCAGACACGGCGCCCUGGCUGAAGAGACGCCGAGGGAGAGGCACACAUCCAGGCCCAGCCUCGAACCUUUUGGCUAGGUUGCCUGGUUGCUUAGCCUACACUACACACAACACGGCUGUGGCCGCGUACAAAAAGCACACCCGCAAAGCGUCAGUUUCCAGAAUUCCAUCGCAAACUGCUCGACCGAUUCUUUCCCCCUUCCGCCGCCCCGCCACCUCCUUCGAACCAGCGCAUCCCCCCGCCAGUCUGCCACAUUCCUUCCUCUCUCUCGAAGGCUCCAACUCCCCAUUCCCCUCUCCGUCUCCCUAGCUGCAACUCUUCGGCUUCGUCGAUCUCCAUCUCCUGCAACCUCCAUGGCCGGCAAAGCUGCAGACACCGGUAAGUAGUCCAGUCCCCCAAGAAGCAUCAUCAGGAUAUAUACAUGUAGAGAGAGGAAUGAAGCCGGAGUAGAGAAAGGCCGGGUUCGCCAUGCAGAUCCAAAGAUCAGUGGCUCGCCAUGUCCUUCGCGGCGCGAGUCUCGCCCUCGUAACCGCCGCGCUCCUCUCUGUGCUGGCACCAGGGAGCAACGACGGCGGCGCCACCACGGGGCAGUCCUCCUCCUCCUCCUCCUCCAUGGCGGACGUGUACAAGGGCGAGCUCACGCCGCUGCAGCGCCACGCCGCCUUCUUCGACCGCGACAAGGACGGCGUCAUCUACCCCUCCGAGACGUACAAAGGGUUCCGCGCGAUCGGCUGCGGGGUGGCGCUGUCCGCCGCCAGCGCCGUCUUCGUCAACGCCGCACUUGGGCCCAACACCAAACCGGAGAACCAGAAGACUCCGCCUUUCAAGUUCCCCAUUUAUGUGAAGAACAUUCACAAGGGCAAGCAUGGAAGCGAUUCAGGAGUGUACGAUGCCAAUGGAAGAUUUGUUUCUGAAAAGUUUGAGGAGAUAUUCAAGAAGUAUGCCCACACCAAGCCUGAUGCUCUCACAGGAAAAGAGCUGCAGGAGAUGCUCCAAGCAAACAGGGAACCCAAAGACUUCAAAGGAUGGCUGGGUGGCUUCACGGAGUGGAAGGUGCUGUAUUCUCUGUGCAAAGACAAGGACGGGUUUCUCCAUAAGGAUACAGUCAGGGCGGUCUAUGAUGGCAGCCUGUUUGAAAGGUUGGAGCAAGAGAGGAAGGCUAAGAAGGAAUCGACAAAGAAGAAGUGAUAAGAACAUCACAAACACUCUGUUAUGUGGACGAAUUUGUAAAUUACGGUGCGAAUGUGGGUCGGUGAAUUAUAACCGUAGUUUGAUUGGUUCUGUAUGUUUGUCAAUUCAGCUUUUCUGUAAGAAGAGCCUUCGUAAACAAACUGCAAGUAUUUGUGGGUUAAGUUGAGUGAGAUAAUUCAUAGUUGUAGCCUCC